AUGGCACACACCGGCGCAUUACCGAAGAUCCAAAGGUACAUCACCGGCCACAACGACAAAGGCCAGGCCAUCUUCAGCGAUGCUUUCGGUGAAGAAAGCAAAAUGAAAGCCAACGAUGACGGCAUUGCCUUUGCGCUAAGCUACACCACGAAAGGCUUUCCAGUCGACAUGGCAGACGACCAGGACCUCAGGGUGUACGACGAGUUCUUGAGCAGCCCACCGGGCCUCGUCGUCUCAGGUGGUACUGUGCUUCGACACGUCGACAUUCCUCCAAGCACGGAAUGCAAGAUGCACCGAACCGUGAGUCUCGACUAUGGCUGUGUACUUGAGGGUGAGGUAGAGCUGCUACUCGAUAGCGGCGAGAAGCGCGUUAUGAAGCGAGGCGACGUUGCGAUUCAGCGAGGGACUAUGCAUCAAUGGAUCAACCAGAGCAAGACGGAGUGGACGAGGAUGUUGUUCGUGCUGCAAGAAAGCAAGGCGUUGGAGAUCGCAGGCGAGAGAUUCGGCGAGCAGUUGGCGGACAUGGCUGGUGUACGUCCAUCAGAUUGA